AUGGUUUAUCGAGGCAAGCCAAGUGCUGCUUGUGAGAGAUGUCGGUCAAGACGAUUGAAGUGCGACCAAAGUAUACCGUCAUGCUGCGCAUGUAUCAGGGCCAAAGUGGAAUGUCCUGGAUAUCGAAACCGCCUUGAUUUAAGCUUCCGGGACCAGAAUGAGGAGGUAAUCAGUCGGGCUCAACGCGCCGCAAGGAAGAAACGGCCUGUUGCGAUCACUCCUCCAAGCACGGAAGCGUCUUUCUCGUCUAGGGCUUUGAGCUUUUCUCCGACAAUCAAUAAUUUGGAUUACCCGGCACAAGAUCUAGCGAAAGGUUAUUUCUUUUCUCAUUACAUUACUGGUGGCCUCUCAAAGGGGCAUAUGGCUUACCUCGUGCCUCUGAUUACCGAUCCCGCCAAUGGAGCGGUGAAUUCUGCGCUGAAUGCGGUUGGGCUGGCCGCUUUGUCCAAUAUUCGACUAUCACCUCAAAUGAUGUUGAAAGCGCGACAUGAGUACACCAAGGCGUUAUCGGAGACCAACAAGGCAUUGGCUAACAUCACGAUGUCAAAGAGGGAUGACACUCUGGCCGCAGUGGUCUUGUUAGGCAUGUUUGAGUGUCUGACUUGUUCCGAUGGUUCCUUCAUUGACCGUUGGAUGAAACAUAUGGAGGGUGCGACCAGAUUGAUAGAAUUCCGGGGCGUUGAUCAAUUGACCCGGAAGGAAGGAUUGGACUUGUUUACCCAGUUACGUGCACAAAUUCAUAUUGGCAAGAUCUACCAAGAAAAAUACAGUUCGCCGCUCCUUUUCACCUUGUCUGAGAAAGCAAAGGAAUACCGAGACCCAAAUGAUCAUAUUAUUGAUGAACUAGGCCUGGAAGUCAUCCGCUUGAGUAAUUUCUGCGCUUCAAUGAAGGACGGAAGCGUUACAGAUCCUGGCGAGAUUAUUCGUGCGGCCUUGACCAUCGAUGCGAAUCUCACAUCACUUUUCAUUACGGUCCCAGCUUCUUGGAACUACAGAAUAGUCAAGGUUCCUAUCUUCAACGGGGAAGCCAUCACUCGAGCCGUCUGGGGAGAUAGUUACCAUAUCUAUGAGAAUCUUGCAGCAAGCAGCAUGUGGAAUAACUACCGCUCCGCCCGAAUUCUCGUCCACGAAUUGAUCAUCGACACCGUGAAGCGCCUUGAUGCAUUCACAUCGGAAGAGACCCAUCGUCGGCAACAACGUGCGUUGGCGAGUCAAAGCCGACUUAUUGCCCAUCAAUUGGUGGAAGAUAUAUGUUCCAGUGUACCCUUUAAUCUUGGUGCAGGAUCAGAAACUAAUGAUGGCAAUGAUAUUGAGGCUUCCGCCCCAUUUCAGGUGACAGCAGCAGGGGGGUUCAGUCUGAUGUGGCCUUUAUUGAUUGCUGCUAACUCCGGACUCGCGUGUCAGGAGCUUCGUCAGUGGAUUAUGAACUGCCUGGAUAAGAUCGGUCAUUCUAUGGGCAUCAAUCAAGCAUUAGCUAUGGCUCAAGUCUUGCGGCGAGGAAUGAGCUCCCGAGCAUUAUCACUGGAAGAGAGUGCUACAACCAUCAGCGACUGCUACAGUGGAGUUGUAGAGGAUUAG